GCGCCGGCUGCUGAUUUGGCUCCCGUGCCUUGUAGAUGUCAAAGGCUUCUGAAGCUGCUCCCUUUGCCACAUUACAAGUGGUCGGGGAUCCGCAGCAGCAAGCAUGGCCACGGCUGCCUCUAAUCCCUACAGCAUUCUCAGCUCCAGCUCCCUGGUCCAUGCAGACUCUGCGGUCAUGCAGCAAGGGAGCCCUUUCAGGAAUCCGCAGAAACUACUCCAAAGUGACUACCUGCAGGGAAUUCCCAGCAACGGGCAUCCUCUCGGGCACCACUGGGUGACCAGUCUAAGCGACGCCAAUCCCUGGUCCAGCCUAGCCAGCAGCCCAUUGGACCAACAGGAUAUUAAGCCUGGGAGAGAGGACCUACAGCUGGGGGCCAUCAUCCACCACAGGUCGCCGCAUGUCUCCCAUCACUCGCCCCAUAACAAUCACCCCAACACCUGGGGGGCCAGCCCGGUUCACAACUCCAGCGGGCAACCUAUCAAUGUCUACUCCCAGGCCGGCUUUACGGUCAGUGGCAUGUUGGACCAUGGAGGGCUGACACCACCCCCACCCUCAGGCACCACUCAGAGCCUCCACCCUGUGCUCAGAGAAGCCACCGACCACGGGGACCUGGGCUCCCAUCACUGCCACGACCAUUCGGACGAGGAAACCCCGACCUCGGACGAGCUGGAACAGUUUGCUAAGCUAUUCAAACAAAGGCGCAUCAAGCUGGGCUUCACCCAGGCAGAUGUUGGCUUGGCACUGGGGACCCUCUACGGCAACGUUUUCUCCCAAACCACCAUCUGCAGGUUUGAAGCCUUGCAGCUGAGUUUUAAGAACAUGUGCAAACUGAAACCUCUUCUAAACAAGUGGCUGGAAGAGGCCGACUCCUCCACAGGUAGCCCCACCAGCAUCGACAAGAUAGCGGCCCAGGGUAGGAAAAGGAAGAAGAGGACCUCCAUUGAGGUGAGUGUCAAAGGAGUGCUGGAAACCCAUUUCCUCAAGUGUCCCAAACCCGCAGCUCUGGAGAUUUCCUCCUUGGCAGACAGCCUGCAACUAGAGAAAGAAGUGGUCCGGGUCUGGUUUUGUAACAGAAGGCAAAAAGAGAAAAGAAUGACUCCUCCAGGAGACCCUCAGCAACACGAAAUCUACUCUCACAGUGUGAAAACAGACACCUCCUGCAAUGAGCUUUGACUGAGCCAGGGCUCAAUUGGAUUUUUAAAGGGUUUCUAACUUAUAUUUUGGCUUAUGUGAUUUAGGAGCUAAACGUUCCAAAAAAAAAAAAAAAAAA